AUGUCCCAAGUAAGUGCUCCGAAUCUUCAAGUGAUUGCAACUGACCGUGUCGCACUUGUUACUGGCGCAGCUAGAGGUAUUGGUCGUGCCAUUGCACUACGUCUAGCUGCUGAUGGCUUUCAUGUAGCUUUGAAUGAUCUCUCAAAAAUGUCAAAUGAACUUGAAAAAGUCAAAUCGGAAAUUGAAUCAGGUUUUAGUAAUAUUAGGUCUUGUAUUAUUUUCGCUGAUGUUUCAAAACAAAAUGAAGUAUGUGAAAUGGUUAAUAAAACAGUUCAAGAACUUGGACGACUUGAUGUUAUGGUUGCUAAUGCUGGUAUACAAUGUACAAGUCCAUUUUUGGAAGCAACAGAAGAAGAUUUUGAUCGAAUUCUGAAUGUCAACGCUAAAAGUGUUUUCUUUUGCUAUCAAGAAGCUGCCAAACAGAUGAUCAAACAAGGUCAUGGUGGAAAAUUAAUUGGAGCAUCUAGUCUCAGUGCACAUCGACCUUUCAAGCUCGGUUCAUUAUAUGCGAUAUCAAAAUGGGCUGUUCGAGGGAUGACACAAGCAGCUGCGUUAGAACUAGCAAAACAUAAGAUUAAUGUCAAUUGUUAUUGUCCCGGGGCGAUUGAUACAGACAUGUUUCAUGACGGUAGUCAGGCAAUUGCUGAACAAACAGGUGUAAAACAAGAUGAUAUACAACGUAGAAUUGUACAUCAGUGGACAGCUAUGGAACGGAUGGGACAACCUGAUGAUGUUGCUCAAUGUAUUAGUUUCUUGGCAAGCCAAAAUUCUAAUUUUGUUACUGGACAAAGUCUACUCAUUGAUGGUGGAAUACAUUAUACUUAG